CCUUUAACUCUUCUAUGAGCUUGUCUAAGGAAAUUACUUCUAGAAAAUCUGUACAAAAACGUAAAGCAGAAGUAGACGAAAGAGAUACGAUCCCCAUUAAAAAAGUUCUUAACUCUCCAUCUAAGAAGAAAAUUACUUCUGAUAAAAAAUUACACAUAAAGCCUAUUAUAAUUUCCUCUACAACAAACAAAAGAAAUUACUCAAGUCUUACAAUCAAUCAACAAAACGUAUAA